CGCGCAAAGUUGCAUACUCAAAUUUGCACCCUUUUGGAGAUAUGCCAUCGCUGCCACCGCGCCUCCUCUCGGUUCUCGUCGCGCCAGCACUGCCUCAAGUGCUCCACGGCGCAUCCGCAAUCGUUAGCCUCGGCACGGCUGCGUUCACCAUCAAGUACCUUCAGACCACGAGCUGCAACCCGUUCGUGUCGGUCGUCAGCAAGACGGGACCGUUCCAGUUUCUUCUCGCUUCGGCCAUCAUUACGGCGUGUGCGAGCGUUGUUUGGAUGCACAAGGCCCUGAAGCACCGACAGUGGUACAUGGAGAAACGGCUGCACAUCAUGGCGGCCGAUGUUGUCGCGUUCGUCUUGAACACGUGCGCCGGCACGGCCAUCAAUUUCUCGGCUGCUAGCCAAUAUGUGUGUUCAAGCCGGUACGCGACCGAGCUCGACGUCAUCUGCGACGUCAACUGCGGGGCACUCAACGGCGGUCUCGUGGCCGACGGCAUUCUUGUGCUUCUGCUGUUGUUUUCCGUGCUCUCGACCGGCUACCAGCUGCACUUGGCCGACCGCCGCACCAUGUUUUUGGUGCAGACGCCGGCGACCAAGAGCACCACGUUCAUGGAGACGCCGCACUCGGACUGCCUCCACGUCGAGCUCGACACACCGACCAUGGCCGUGUAAUUCCAACGUCGUCGUCUUCUACUAUAGAGAUCGUCGGGUAGCGAUGCGAGACGACCGUAAUGUGCAAUCCAUGUGUUUAUUUCUACU